GCCUUAGAAAUGAAUUAAGUAGAAGUCUAACAGAUCAAUGCGCGUGUAAACCAGCAUGAUGCCCAUGCUUAUGCCCUGGUCAUGUUAUUUUCUGAUUUUGGACGACAGGAGGUCGCUCCGAUCAAGAAAUGUGCCUGAAAUGCGAGCGAAAAAUAAGUACUAGCUGGUGACCAAUGAAAUUGAACGGAUGUUUUUCCAUUUUCGAGCUUAAGUAAAAGUAUAAAUAUGUGAGCUGGAGGCAGAGUACACUCACACUGAUCAUGACAGCAAGAACUAUCAUGACGGCAUCGCCCUUAGGCACCGGCGCAGUUGUACAAGAAGGAUCUAAAGCAUGGCCCCGAGACCGACGACGAGACCGGUAUAACCGAACAAGUCUUGGUGAACAAGAAGUUUUCAAUUUCAACCUUUUGCACAGGAAAAAUUCGACUUGAUCUUUAGAUGGCAGCUGCGUUCGAAAUCAUAGAGAAGCCAGUCAAUGGCGUCCCAGUGGCAGGUCCGCAAGGCGCGGUGGGCGGCAUGCCACCUCUGCAAAUCGUGCAUGCUCCGAUGCAGGCACCCGCAAUCGGUGUGGUAGCAGGAACAGGAGCCGCCUCUGCAUCCUCGCAGUACCAGGCUCCGCAGCCUCUUGACUGGCGAGAUAGUACAUAUGCUGGUAGUAGUACACCACAGGAGCGCACUCAUGAGCUUGCGCAGCAGUACCCGCAUUUGCCGGCGAGCAUGCUGCCGCCUACGAGUCCGAAUCAGCCUGUAGAACUGUCACUUUACUCGCAAGGUGUGACCACGGUACAGCCGCGAAUGGUGGGAGUCCCAGGAGCCGUGUACGAGCCGGGUCCUGGUAUUAUGAUAGAGACAUGCACAGAGUUCUCGUCCAUAAGCAUAUGUUUGACACUAAGAUUGAUGUGGUAGUGGUUGUACUCCCAGGUAAAGAACAGAACCAUCUUCUGAAAUUCUGUCUCUUUUGUCUCGUAGUCGACACAUUAUGUGAAGGUGGAUCAACAUGAUCAGCAUUGACGUCCAGGUGCUAUGGACGCACCACCAGACCGAACGAUUUACGGAGAAAAUAAAUGGGCGCGCUACUUGAUAUGGGGCCUGCUCGGCGGUUCUCUAUUGCUCAUUCUGAUUGCGUUUAUUGUCGGCGCAACCGCCGGUUGGCGAAGCACUGGCUUCAUCGUGCUAAUAACCAGCGGUAGCCUCCUUUUUUCUGUGGUUCUCAUAGGAGUAUGCAUGGGACUGGGGUGAGUAAAUGGAAAAACUUAAUGCUGGGCAUAGCCUAGUAUCCGCGAUGUACAGUACGAGUACUGUAGAACAGGUUCUAAAAUUGGUUUCUCCGGUGGAUACAGUAUCAGUGAGAAUUUAUGAUUAUAUCCGAG